AUGGGGAAAUGCAAUUGGGUGGCGGUGGCGGCGGCGGCAGCUGCAGUAGUCAUCUUGGCGGUGGCAGGGAGGGUUGAAGGCCGGAGUGGCUACGGGAAGGAGGUGACGGCGGCGCACAUCUCCGGCAAGGUAUUGUGCCAGGACUGCAACCAAGGAUGGGCGGAGUGGAUCGACGGCAAACCCAUCAAAGGCGCGAAGGUGGCGGUGACUUGCAUGGACUGCCGCGGGCGGGUGGUUUACCACGGUAGCGACUUCACCGACGAGAAGGGGGAGUUCGAGCUGAAGGUGGUCCGGCAGCGGGCGUACGGGAAGGCUAUCGAGGUGGAGGACUGCACGGUGCGACUGGAGGACUCCUCGCCGGACUCCACUUGUAACGUCAGGACGGACUUCGGCGGCGGCCGUUCCGGCGUGCGCCCGCACGACCCUUCCGCCUUCCAGAGCGGCCUCGUCAAGUACACUGUUGGGCCCUUCUACUUCACCCCUCCGGACUGCGAUUAUCCUGACGCCUCCAAUCCUCUUGGCGACGGCGACGAUGACUGA